AUGUCUCUAGCAAGAGCAUUCACCACCCGCCGGGUCAAGCAGAGCCUCCAGGCUGCUGAUUCUCCGGUAGAUGCUAUCCCUCAACGCAGCCACACAACCAAGGGAUCCAUUGGACAUUCUAUCAGGCACAAGAUCUCAGCGCCAGUUGAGCUCGUUCACACCACGAACAUGCUCUCCUACAAUGCCCCAGACAUCGUCCGCAAGGCUGCAUCUCCUACCACUGCCUCAUCGGUGAGGUCAGACGAUGAUUCUGACAGUGCGCACACCGCGGCUUCCACUCCGCCCACCAGCCCGGACUCACCCUACCCGACCAAGCGAUCCAUGUCCCCGGAGCCGAAUCACUUGUCAUGCUACUUCACAGCUCCAGGCCAGACCGUCACUGCUACUUCACCCAAGGCUGAGGCACCCGCUAUUCCCCAGCGCUCGCCUUCCCACACCAAGAAGUCUUACGAUGCCUUGAACCGUCACCGGUCUGUUUCAAGAUUAUCUGAGCAGUCGAGCCGCACUCUGUCAACCAAGGCCAGCUUCAGCUUCUCCCGCUCAUCCUCCAGCUCCACCAGCACAAGCGUUACGUCGCACAACUCAGUCUCAUCUCACCAUGCGCCAAAGAUGUCCAGCUCGGCUGUGCUUGCCCCGCCGCCAGUCAUUGCGCCGGCUGCAGCUCCCUCGCAGAAGGAGAUGCCCCCGUCCCAUCCCUUCGGCCACGAGCUGGCCCAGGUGACUGAGCUAGCUGAGGAGUAUGGUGUGAUGGAGAAGGUGCACGUCAUCGAUGAGGAGGAGCAAGAACUCGCACGCCGAGGCCUCAGGAAAUUCAGCGCCGAGGACUACCUAGGCGAGAUCCAGGGCCUCUUCUCGAGCUUCUUCGCCGAGGCUAGGCCAAUGGCUCCGCCCGUCUGGAUUUGA